GCAUUUCAAUAUGUAUUCUAGCCACGUUGAAGCAGUUGCCACGAUUGCCGGCACUGCCGUUGCUACUCCGGCGAAUGAUGACUAUGCCAAACUGACUGCGACUACAUAACGGUUGUGGGUGGACAUUGUACUAAAGCACAUUGAUCCGACGAGGUGCUUCCCAGAAGACAAAUUACACGCGAGGUUACUGCUGUUUAGCGGCAGUCAAGCGUGGAAGGUUCCUCUGAUGCCCUGCAACAUAAUUUGGCUGUGAGGUCUUCUCGCUGUGACUGGGGGUUUUCAUUGAAGACUUUCAGUAGGCAUGUGCUUGUGCGUGAAUUUGUACGUGAGCCAGCAAGCAUACCCAUGACACUUCAGGAGGUUACGACAACUAAGUAAUAGUGCGUAACGACCACGCAAGAACGGUAUCAUGCAAUACUACGCAACUGCGUGCAACCACGUCCUACGACCGUUUGCAAGCCAUUACAAAAUGCCUGGUCCUUUAGAGCGGGAACGUGUAAAAAGGUUGAUCCCACUCUUUGCGGAGGAGGUAAAAACAUAUUUGCUUCUCUACAAGAGUGCAACAUGGAAUGCAAAUCUCGUAAAAAAGGAAACCGACAACGCUGCAUGAAGCCACCCGUCUUUGGCAGCUGUAGAGCGCUGCUUCAGACUUGGCGCUAUGACAGUAUGUCUGGGCAUUGUAAAAUGCUCAACUACACAAUCUGUAGCCUUGGCAUUACAGAAACUGCAACAGAGGAGGCAUGCCUUAUGGCUUGCAAGGGAAAGAAAGAUCUAAAAAUCAUUUGUAGCCUCACGCCCCGUUCUACGCCGUGCAACUUCCUUCAUAAACUACAAUGGUUCUUUGAUGCCAGGAAAAACAAGUGCCUUCAGUUCCCAAAGGGUCAAUGUGCGAAAAUUGCAAACGGAUUUCCAACGAAAGAAAAGUGCCUAGAGAGAUGCAGCUAUGAAACUUCGUGAGACUCCCAGCCUACAACGAUAACAAAAAGCGGAAGUUGCCUAAUUUGAGGCAACUUUCACGGCGCGUUGCACUGUAUCAGAGCGUUGGCAUUACACCCGGCAAGAUAUAGUGGCAUUAUAGAUGGGGGUACAAAUCUACCGCUUAAAAAUGAUG